CCUUGCGUGGUGGUAUAGGGGCGUUCCUAGGGAGGGUAUGCGGACAUUGGCCUGCAAUUGAAUUCUUCCAGAUAGGAACUGCGACACAUAGUAGCUUGAGAGUGUUUUGCAUCUGCGGUAAAUACUUGGAACCGUCCUUUACGGCAUCCUGAAGCGUACUCACUUAAUAUCAUAACCCGUUUGUUGGGCGAAAGGCCCAUAGUCCAGGGGCAAGACCCGAGUCAGCACCUGUGGCAGUAAGACUACGCGCUGAGAAAUGGGCAAGACCAGGAAGGCGUCACACCGUGGCCGCCGACGGCCGGGCGUGAAGGCGCCGGCGAAGAUGAGUCUGGAGCAGAUGCUGGACGCGGCGCAGGACGAGCUGGACCAGUUCCGGCUGGAGGAGGCGCGCCAGCUGCUGAACCGCGCGCUCGAGCUUCAACCCGACAGCGUGCGCGCGCUCGAGAUGUCUGCCGGCCUGCUGCUGGACAUUGGCGAGAUGGAGGCGGCGCGCGCCUGCCUGCAGCGUGCCGUCCAGCUGCGCCCGGACGGCAGCGCCACCUGCUACCUCAGCCUGGCGCAGCUGCUGCACGGCCGCGAGGCGGCCGACUGCUAUAGCAAGGCGGUCCAGCUGCUGUCGGCGGCGGCAGCGACGGGCGAGUCGAGCUCAGCCGGCGCGGAUGGGCCCGGGCCGGCGCGGCAGCUCUCGAGCGCUCACUGCGCGCUGGCCGACCUCUACAUGACAGAUCUGUGCGACGAGCCGGACGCCGAGCAGUGCUGUCGGCAGCAUUUGGAGCGUGCGCUGGACGCCGACCCGGCUAACCCGGAGGCACACCAGACGCAGGCCGGCUUCUUGCUCGUCAAGGGCGAGGCGGAGGCGGCGCGCGCGGCGCUGCGCCGCUCCACCGACCUCUGGCUGCCGGCGUACCAGGCGGCGCGCGCCGGCGGCGCCGCCGCCGCCGACCCGCUCGAGCUGUGUCCGCUCAGCUACGACCUGCGGCUGACGGCGGCGCGCGCGCUCAUCGAGUGCCGCGAGUGGGAGACAGCUACCCAGGUGCUGGACGGCCUGGCCGAGGAGGACGACCAGGUGGUGGACACCUGGUACCUGCUGGGAUGGCGGCGUUCGAGGAGGGCGGCGAGCGGCGGCCGGCGGCGCGGCCUGCACCUGGAGCGCGCUCGCCAGGCGGCCGAGCAGCAGCCUGACCAGCGUGACCCCGCUAUCGACGAACACGUGCGCCGCAUGCUGGAGGAGCUCGGCCCCGCGCCGCCCGGCGAGGAUGAUGAGGAGGACGGGGAUGGCGAGGACGAGUGGACGGACGACGAGGAGGACAUGGAGGUAGCCAACGGUGACGGCUGACGUCCUGGGUGUCGGGCAUGUGGUGCCGGCGCGAUUAGCCGGCUGUCCAGCGGUGCGAUUAGCCGGCUACCCAGCGGCGCUUUGUGCUGUGUUGUGCUGUGUCGGCUUUCGGUCGACUCGGGUUUGGAGUGUGGAUUGUUAACUGUUGGCAGGCGGCAAAUAUACUGUGGGCUCUUUGAUAUCUGA